AUGCUUGCUGGUCUAACAUUGUUGGGUUUGGGCAUUGGACUCCGAGUGGAACCGUCGUUGAUACAGUAUUUGAAUCAACACGAAGUCAGUAAUUAUUACGCCAUUGAAAUUGCCAGUUAUGCGAUAAUUGUUAUUGGGAUAUGCUUGACCAUUGUUGGCUUUUUGGGAUGUUGCGGUGCAUGGUUCCUAAAUCAAGCGAUGCUUGUUUUGUAUUUCUUGAUACUGAUGGUUGUUCUUGGAUUGGAAAUGACCGCUGCAGUAAUGGUGAACGCAAAUCGUGAUCAGUAUCGAAAAACUGUUGAUAAGGAAUUGUUAACGAUGAUCCAAAAAGAAUAUGCACAAUAUCCACAAAAGGCAGCAAUUGUGGAUGAAAUUCAAUCAUCACUACAAUGCUGUGGUGUAAAAUCGUAUAGCGAUUGGUUGGCGUCAACCUAUUCAACCAACGAUCCAGAAAGUGCCGAAGUUGGUAUCGGAGCGUUGGAAGUUGGUCGGGUACCAAAAUCAUGUUGCAAUGAACUUGGUUUAAUGGAAUAUCCGAGUAAUUGUGGCGUAAGCUUCAGCCAACAACCUCUUAUCACCUAUAAACGUUUCUUGCACGAACAAGUUAGUGUACAGCUAUAA